UUUAAAUACUGAUUUGAAUAAACGUAUUCUUGAGAAAAUACCGGAUUGGAAACUAGCCAUUACACCUUCUGGGAAAUUGGCAAAGGAAUCUUGUUUUGUACAAAAAUAUAUGCCACCUAUUAUACCAUUGACUCAUGACCAAUCAACUUCUCUUAUGGUUACUCAUAGUAAUUGGACUCAUCGACUUGUUGAUCAAGGUGUACUUUGGGACCCAAGUAAUGACUCAACCAUUCAUAAUCUUUCCUUGGCUCAACUUUUAUUUUAUCCUCAACAACAUACUCAAAACCCUUUACACUUUGUUAAAAAGUCUUUACAUUUGAUUUUAUUCGAAACUCGUGCCUUCUUACCAGUCAACAAUAUUUUACGACUCACUUUGAAGUUUCAACAAGCUAUUGAGGAAGCAUUAAUACCUUAUCCUUCUGAUUUUCGUCAAACCUUGAAGAACCUUAUUCUAGUCUUUGAUACUUAUGGUUUCCUCUGGCCACAGAAGCUCAUCCUCGGUCAUCGUAUCCAUGUCAAAAAAUCUUACAAAGUCUAUACUCCUGACGAUCGAUUGAUGUAUUUACGUGUAGCCAAAGAUGAUGUAUUGGUCAAACUUGCAAAGGAACGUGAACUUAAAUUACACGAACGACAAACUCAUACGGAAGAAAGCUUGACUUGGACUAUUAUUAAACGCAAUGAUAUCUGUCCUAUCUAUGAAUUUUUGGAUGAUCCUUGGAAACAACAAAUUCAACACGUGAUUCAUGAAUGUUUAUAUCGUAUUCCUAUUCAUGCACCCAUCAAACUACGAAAUUAUUCAACAAACGCUUAUCUCAGCUGGCGAUUGAACGAUGAUGAACAAGUAUUAUCUUUGGCUGCUUUACCAAUGGACAAAUUGAUGUCAAGUCAAUAUCUCUGGCGAUUCACUUUGACUCGUUCGGCAACUUCUCCUCCUUCUUUUGCUGCUCUACCUGAUCUGGUGGCAUCUUAUCAAUCUCAAUUUCUACGUUGUGGAAGUGAUGUGUUUUUAUCUCCAGCUUGUGAUACUUUAUUAUCCUCUAAUCAAUCCAACAACAAGUGCACUCAUACUUCUAUCUUGACUCGAUCUCCUUCGGAAGGGAAUGAUGCUCGAAUACGAUCUGUGGGUUUAUUCAAUCCUGAUAAUAAUAAUAAUAAUAAUAGAUUGGAUGGAAUGGAAACAACUUGGAAAGUGGAACUACCUGGUUUGGGUCUUGGUCGAGAUGAUGAUAGUUCAACGGAUGAAGGUCUCAAUAUGGAUAUUCUUAUUGGUCGAUGUCGUCUGGUUCUACAUGGUGAUAUCAUUGCUUUACGUCAAGUCCUUUAUUUGUGUGCACAGCAGAAUUCUACUUUGGUACACCCUAUUGUUGCUAAGGAAAAUGCUUUGAUUGGUAGGAGUUUGGAACAAUGUUGGUGGAUUGAAUUAGCAACAGAAGAGGAUUUGAAAUAUCAUCAGGAUUCUUAUAUUCCAUGGUCGAACUUUUCUUCAACACAUCUCUUACGACAACAUAAAAGUGUAGAAUCUCUUGCCAUUUGUACCGAUAAUACGCCUUUUUCCCUGCGACGUGUUCAAUCUUUCGACGGCUCUCUUUUAUCAAAAUCAAAUCCGCCCAAAACGAAUGUCGAAUUUGGUAUGCAAAAGAAGAAGAUGUCAAGUCCUCCUUUACUACCAACUUUUCAUCAACCAACAACAACAACAUCGAAUGCUGCCGAUGAAGAAGUAGGUUAUGAUACCAAUAAUUUGAACCAUCCUCGUGUACAACCCUAUUUACGUCUUUAUGCUUCAAAACAACAAAACACUUUGGCCAGAGUAUGGAAACAUUCUAGUUUGAAACAAGUCCUAUCCAGAUUCCCAAACAACUCAUAUCCCUUCAAAUAAAAUAUCAGUAUAGAAUAUACGAUUCAUCC